GAUAAAGUUGUGGCAAUACACACACAAAACGCCUUUGCUUCUCUGAAACUCAUCAAAACUUCGCUCCAAAAUGUCACCGGCACCAGUCGUCGAGGCCGCCGAGGCCGAGCCUAAACUGGAGGAAAUUCUUUACACCGACCAAACCCAGAAGAACCCUCCUCAGGACAAAGAAGAGACUGUUGUGGUUGAGGACGUGAAGGACGACGACAAGGAUGAAGACGAAGACGACGAUGAAGACGAUGAUGAGGAUGAGGACGAUGAUAAGGAAGAAGGGGCCCAAGGAACAAAUGGGAGUUCCAAGCAGAGCAGAAGUGAGAAGAAAAGUCGCAAGGCAAUGUUGAAACUGGGUAUGAAACCGGUUACAGGUGUUAGCAGAGUCACCAUCAAGAGAACCAAAAAUAUACUGUUUUUCAUCUCGAAACCUGAUGUUUUCAAGAGCCCGAAUUCCGAAACCUAUGUCAUAUUUGGAGAGGCAAAGAUAGAGGAUUUGAGCUCUCAGUUGCAGACACAAGCUGCCCAGCAGUUCAGGAUGCCAGACAUGUCUUCUGUGACAGCAAAACCUGACAUUUCUGCAGCAGCUGCUGGAGUGCAGGCCGAUGAAGAAGAUGACGAAGUUGACGAAACAGGGGUGGAGCCUAGGGACAUUGAUUUGGUCAUGACACAGGCUGGCGUGUCAAGGAACAAGGCUGUCAAGGCUCUUCAGACUCACAAUGGGGACAUUGUCAGUGCUAUCAUGGAGCUAACCACUUAAGUCAUCCUCUACUUUGCAGUCCUGCUUUUCUGAUGAUGAGUUUUUUUGGUUUAGUUAUCGUAGUUAAAUUGUUUCCCAUUUAUGUGGUGGCUACAGAGUAUGAUUUUGAUUCUGUUGGACCGAAGACUUUCAGUCACAGAGAGUAUCUGUACUUUCUUCGGUUUCUUUUUCAAUCCAUCUUUUUCCUAGUUACAAGUCUUCUGCUACUCAGCUAGAAUAUCAUCCUUUGCAUAAUUGAUGAAAAGAACAAGAGUCCUAUUUUUAUCA